CCACAUCAAUGCUGCUGACUCAGUCUCGUCCACCCUCGACAACCGUUCCUAUCAAUUCAACUCGACUAGACAAAAGUUAUGGUGAACCUAAGCACCGCAGUGUCCUACAACAGAGUCAAUUCAUCUUACCGUCACGACCUUUCUUGACCAUGCCCUCAUUCCGCGCCUUUCUCACUAGAUCUGGAUACAAUCACCCCGCAUGAUUAGUCACUCCACUAUCCUUAUCAAGUCUCAAGUCUGUGAUUCAGCUCAAGCCAUUCGCAGUCAUGCCCUUUGUGGACGAGUCGACCACCAAGGAAGUAUCCAUUGGGAAGAGCUCGUUGCUCCGAUUGUCUGGAGCACAAGUCGAUCCCUAUACACGAUAUGUUGCCUACUUGAUCUUUCGCAAGCUCAACCUCUCAGUCAAGGGCCAGAGGCACAUGAACAAUGCUUUUGCUAAUCUACCCAUCUUCACAACCGAUGAUCAGAAGCUGACCUUUGGCUGGGGCUUCAACCAUGCUGUUCAGGACAAGGUCAUCCACGCUGAAUCCUACGACCAUCUCGCCGUGGCGACAGCCAUUGGGGAGAGUUUCCACGAAGUCUAUGGCACCAAAAUCCUCCAUGAACUUGCCGCUUCCAUGGCUGGUCCCGAAGAUACCACUCCUCACUAUGCCCAAUGGAAGUCUACUCUUCAUUCUUGCAAUGGCAUUUUAGCCACCACUGAUUUUGGUCAGUUGGUCGAAGAUUACCUCCGCCUCGAUCCCUUCAGCAUCCGGGCCGUCAAGAAUCUUGAAUCAAUCGUCAGUCCCAAGGCCGUAGCCCAGGCACUUCAAGCACUGAUGCAGGUCAGUGGGGGACACGAGAAGACCGUCACCUUCACUGGCAGCGGGAUUAUCUCAUGGUUCGGCGCUCUGGCGGAGUGGCAUUGUGACCUGCGAGUCGAGGUUUAUGGCAAAGAUGCAACAUUGGUCCAUGCCACCCACAAAGGCCAAAAACCCCAGGUCACACUCGUAUUUGUCGAAAAGCCUGGCAUUGAAGUUUCCUUCCAACCCUGGUAUGAUACUCACGUCAAUCUGGCAGGCCUCAAUAUCUCCGAAAACACGUACUCAUCCCAGGUCUACAUCACACCUUUUAGUGGUAGAGUCGCCUGGCAAUCGUUGCUUCCCCGGGUGUUUGGCAAGAGCUUCCACUAUCUCGACCACGACGAAUCUAAGGCGUUUGGAGGUAUGAUUGGCGGUGCAGCCAAGUUGUUUGAAGGACUGGCGUUGGGCAAGGGACACGAGGAGCAUGCAUUGGUCUCCACCAAAAACCAGAGCAACACCGCUUCCUAUGGCGCAGGACUCAUCCAGACCAUCACAAACUGGCUCCCCGAGCUACGACGCUUCCAAGGUCGGAUGGAGCGAGCCUUGAAGUUGACCCACGAGGAUGCCGCAAUCGCUUAUACGGAGUACCUGUCAAAACUGAGAAGGACCUGCCACUGUGGCAUUUGCACCGCUAAAGAUGAAGUUGAAAAGGAAAAGGAAGGAUUACCGCCCUCCCACGGGUACUGCCUUGCAGUCAUUGUGGAAACCAUCAUCUCUCUGGGGUUAGUGCUCUCCAGAAUGACCGUGUCACCCUCGAUUGUCCCUUCAAGAGCGGGAAUCCAGGGCUUCUACAACGGCCAAGUCCAGAAACGAAUGGAAGCGCGAGGUCUGCACUGGACAGAGCAUUUCAAGCUUGUAUAUGGCAAUGAAUGGAACGCCCCAGAUGCCCGUCGCUUGCAGAAAGCGGUCCAGAUAUUUGCGGGCUCGAGUCCUGAGAAGGACUUACCGUCCAAUGUCGUAGCGCUUUCUCAUGAAGGUAUUUGUGCGUAUUUUGUCACGAUUGGAAAACCAUGGGACUCGACUACUCAAGAUCAAGUCAAGUUGAUCCGCAUCGUGAGUGGAGGCAUCAACGUGCGCGAAAAGGUGUUUGAUCGAGCUGCCCUAGGUCCUGUUGAGACCCAAGACCCGGAUGAUUUUUGGGAAGAGGUUCCAAUUGAACACUUGCCGCAGUCCCUGUUUUGCAAGUAAGGAACGGCAGUUUCAGGACAGGUCGUAUGCCGUGGACGGGUUCGAAAGAUGAGUUGGUGGACAUGUCAAUGGCCAACAUUGGCGCCAUGAGAGAUUUUCUUCAUCUUUUGAUAAAGUGCGUAAAGUUACAUCCGUUCGUGCGAGGGAGAUUGCCUUGGAACCAGUAAGGAAAGCCGUUGAAUACUACCUAAGUACCUAAAUGGUCAUAAUGUCGAGCGACAACGUG